AUGCAAAGUGCAGGGACAUUUGCAGUACCUGUUGUUGCUAAGGUGGUCGUUUUAGAUGCAGUACCUAUUGCUGAUGAGGUGGUUGUUUUAGACGCGGUACAUGUUGUUGAUAAGUUGUCCGUUUUAGAUGAGGAGGUGGCUGAUGAGCGCCAACCACAUCAGGAACCAACAACCUGCGACUCUUCAAACACACAAUCUCAACAACGAUCACUUCACUUCUCUCUUUCACUCUAUUCUUCAUCUUCCAUUUCUAACAUUCUUCCAAUGGCUUCCGUUGCUUUCUUCAGAAAACGCCUUCUCCUAUCUUUCCAUUUCAUAUCUUCUUCCACCAACAACAAUGUUGCAUCUCCUCUUCACAGAUCCAUGGCCACUUUCACACGAACAAAGCCUCAUCUAAAUGUUGGCACAAUUGGGCAUGUAGAUCAUGGCAAAACCACACUAACUGCUGCAAUUACGAAGGUACUAGCUGAUGAAGGUAAAGCCAAGGCCAUUGCUUUUGACGAAAUAGACAAAGCUCCUGAGGAGAAGAAAAGAGGAAUCACUAUUGCUACAGCUCAUGUUGAAUACGAGACAGCAAAGAGGCAUUAUGCUCAUGUUGAUUGUCCUGGACAUGCAGACUAUGUUAAGAACAUGAUAACUGGAGCUGCACAAAUGGAUGGUGGAAUCCUUGUGGUUUCUGCUCCGGAUGGUCCAAUGCCUCAAACAAAGGAGCAUAUACUCCUAGCUCGUCAGGUUGGUGUACCAUCACUGGUCUGCUUUCUAAAUAAAGUAGAUACCGUUGAUGAUCCAGAGUUACUUGAACUUGUCGAAAUGGAACUUCGCGAACUACUUAAUUUCUUCAAAUUUCCUGGGGAUGAGAUCCCAAUUGUAAGAGGCUCGGCUUUGUCUGCCUUGCAAGGGACUAACGAAGAACUUGGAAAGAAAGCUAUCUUGAAACUAAUGGAUGCUGUCGAUGAAUACAUUUCUGAUCCCGUCCGGCAGCUUGACAAGCCUUUUUUAAUGCCAAUUGAAGAUGUUUUCUCUAUUCAGGGGCGUGGAACUGUUGUCACUGGUCGUGUUGAACAAGGCACUAUCAAAGUUGGUGAAGAGGUUGAAAUACUAGGACUAACACAGGGUCCACCUGUGAAGACUACUGUAACUGGUGUGGAAAUGUUCAAGAAAAUUUUGGAUAGAGGGCAAGCUGGUGAUAAUGUAGGACUUCUUCUACGAGGUCUUAAGCGAGAUGAUGUACAGCGGGGAAUGGUUAUCACGAAGCCUGGUGCGUUGAAAACUUAUAAGAAGUUUGAAGCGGAGAUUUAUGUUCUCUCAAAAGAUGAAGGUGGCCGCCAUACUGCUUUUUUCUCUAACUAUAUGCCUCAGUUUUACCUGAGGACUGCAGACAUUACUGGAAAGGUGCAAUUACCAGAAAACGUCAAGAUGGUUAUGCCUGGUGAUAAUGUGACUGCAACUUUUGAGCUGAUGUUACCUGUUCCUCUUGAACUUGGACAAAGAUUCGCUUUGAGAGAAGGAGGCCGGACAGUUGGUGCAGGAGUGGUCUCGAAAGUGAUUGCCUAG